GAUUAGAAAAGGAGUUGCAUGAAAAGAAACUAGCAUUUGAGUCUAUGAUAGAAAGAGUACAUAAAUUACAAGAAAAUCUAGAAGAAUCUAAUGGAAAAUUAGAAGAAAGUAAUAAGCAGUUGACAGAAAUGAAAGCAGAAAAUUUAAAAUUAAAAGAAGAACAUCAAGAACAACUUCAUAAAGCAACUAAACUUAGGCUUGAUUCUGUAUCAGAAGUUGUUUCCAAAAUGGAUGAAAUAAAAGAAGAGAAUAGAUAUUUACAGUUACAAUUAGAAUCUAAUCUGAAAACUCAAGAGUUACAAUCCAAAAAAAUUGGAAAAUUACAAGAUGCUGUGGAAUCUCUAGAAGAACAAAUAAAACAAUUAGAGAUUACACAUGAAGAAAAAAUUGAAACAAUGAAACAAGAACAGAAAGAAUUAAUUAAAGAAAUGAAAUAUUUGAAACAACAAGAAAUAUUAAAAAUAAAAACAGAAAUGGAAGAAAGAGAAAAAUCAUUAAAUGAGAAUCUAAGUAGAUUUGAAGAAGAGAAAUCACAACUAAAACAGGAAAUUAUCAAAUUAAAUGGAAAAUUAUUAGAAGAGAAAACCAAAACAGAAGAUUUAUUGCAACAACAAAGAUUAGAACUUCACAAGGAUAUGAAUGAACAAUGUUCUCAUCUUUUGGUAAAACUUCAUUCUUUACAGAAAGAAAAUGAUAAUCAUUUUAAAAUAAUAUCACAGCAAAAAUUUGAAAUUGCACAAUUGCAAUCAGCAAAAGAAUAUUUACAAGUGGAAAAUGAUAAUCAGUCAAAGCUUAUUGAUCAGUUAAAAGAGCAAAUAGCAUGUAAAGAUGCAGAAUUAAGAAGGUUAAUCACCAAUUAUGAAGAAGAAAAUAAAGAGAAACAUAAGGAGUUAAUGAAUGAAAAAGAAAAUCAGAAAAUUCUUUAUAAUAAAAUUAAUUAUUUGGAAACUAAAAAUGUGAAACUGGAUGGCAUGCAGCAGAAAUUAUCAAAUGCUAUUAAAUGCAAAGACUAUGAAAUUCAAGGCCUUAAAGAAAAAUUGGAACAGAAAGAAGUGGAAUUGCGACAAUUACAGAAGAACGAAAUUCACAGAACUGCGCAAUUAUAUUCAGCUUUUAAGAAUUUCAUAAGUAAUACUCCACAUUCAGAUAUAAAAGAUAGUUUUGUUUCAGAUGAAACAAACACUUCUUUACCAAAUCCAUAAUUGCAUGAAGGAACAACAUUAUUUUUAUGAUGCACCAAAAAUUAUAUAUAUACAGUUACUAUUAUUAUAUAUACUAUUUUAAACACAUUUUA